CAAACAGCGUCGCUCUAGAAAGAGGCAUCGCCCUUCGCGCUCUUCUGUUGCAACAAAAUCGCUCAUUCCCAGCAAUAAGCUAUCAUAACAACACUCACGCCCCGAACAAGAUGCCACCCACCCCCACCCCCUCCAAAACGCCAACAACAUUCCUCACCCUCCCCCGCGAACUCCGCGACAAAAUCUACACCAACGCCCUCCGUAUUCCCACCCCUAUCGACAUAGGUUCUAUCCUCCCCUCCCCCGGCUACUGGCAUGACCCCGUCCUCCACCCCCUCAAACCACCAACUCCCUCCCUCCUGCUCGCAAACAGACAAAUCCACGUCGAAGCCAGCACCACCCUCUACGGUACAAACACCUUCAAAUUCCCGCAUCCAGGCCAAGUCCCCGCAUUUGAACGACAAAUCGGGGCGAGGAAUUGUAAGAAGGUGAAAAGUGUAGAGCUGUGGAUUAGAUAUCCGGGACCGGAUGAGGUAGUGUUUGAUAUGGGGGACUUGGGGCCGGCGGAGUAUGACAGUGUGCCAGAGCAUUGGAUUGCUGUUCUGGGGGAGAGUGGGAUGGUCGGGGUUAGGCGUUUGGCUGUUGAGGCGGUGAUGAUUGGGUGUGAGCCUGAUAAGGUGCUUUCUGUGCUACCUAUGCCGGAUGAUUUGAGGGAUUGUUUCAUUGAGUUUCUGGGCAGAGGAGGGGAUGGAGGAGGAGGUGGGGUGCCACGGCUGGAGUUGAAGGGUAUACGGGAGGAGGAGAGGGGGAAGUUUCCGGAGGAGUGGGAUGUUCUGGUUAGUCAGUGGGAUUAGCAAUGGAGAGGCGGGAUAGGAAGAAGAUGCUGAGAACUAAACAAUAACAUU